AUGGCCCGCUAUGAGGAGGGCAGCGCUGCCCCCGUGGUGGUUUUGGGCUCCUCUGGAGCUUGCAGUAAGGGAUUGCAAAGAAAGGGGCCCUGUGAGCGGCGCAGAUUGAAGGUGAUGCUGUCGGAGCAGCUCAGCCAAGAUCUGCUCAGGAUUCUGAGGGAAGAAGUCCAUACCGAUGUUACGUUCUGUGUAGGUGGCACUUUGUUCAAAGCACACAAAGCAGUCCUUUUCACAAGAGUUCCUGACUUCUAUUAUCAUACUGUUGGAAAAACAUCAAAUAGUUUAAUUUAUCUUGAGCCUUUUUUUGAGAACAUUGAAGCUUCAGAAUUUAGAACAUUUUUACAGAUGGUAUAUUCAUCAAACAGAAACAUGAAAAUCUAUGAGGAGGAAAUUCUUAAUAGAAAGAUACUGGAGAGUGGGUUACCAUCAAAGAAACCAGACUUAAAUCUUGGAACGUUUAUGGACAAUGAUGUAGAAUUCUCAGGUAAAAAAAUGACCGAUUGUCCCCUUCUGAAGAAUAAAGUUUCAGAAGAUAGCAGCUGCAGAGAGGAUAGUUUGGUUUCUCCUGAUAUUUAUAACUUGGAACCUGCAUCUGAAUUAGGAGAAGAUUUAUUGAAACUUUAUGUGAACCAGUGUUGCCCAGAUAUUGAUAUUUAUGUUGAUGGAAAAAGUUUUAAAGCUCACAGGGCCAUUUUAAGUGCCAGAUCUAGUUAUUUUGCUGCGAUGCUGAGUGGCUGUUGGGCUGAAAGCUUCCAGGAGUGUAUUACUCUUCAUGGUAUAAAUCAGACAGACAUGCGUGCUAUGAUGUAUUUUAUAUAUGGAGGAACUUUGACCCUUCCAGAGAAUGUUAAUAUUAGUCAUAUACUCAGUACUGUUGAUAUGUAUGGACUGGAAGGAUUAAAAGAAGUGGUGAUCUAUACUUUAAGAAGAGAUUAUUGUAAUUUCUUUCAAAAGCCUAUUCCUGGAAAGAUGGACUCUAUGCUGGAAUGCCUGAUGAUUGCACAUUCAUUUGGUGUGGAAAGUCUUUAUGCUGACUGUGUGAAGUGGAUUGUAAAGCAUUUUGCAAGGUGCUGGUCUGAGAGAAGUUUUGCAAAUGUACCCUCUGAAAUUCAGAAAACUUGUCUUAAUACGUUGAUUCAGUCCAUAGUAAGUAUAACCCAAAUAACCUUGUUUCUCAUCACAUAA